UCAGAACUUACUAGUUACAAUCAAUAAAGAGAUUAAUUUAAUAAACACUACUCUUCAAACCCUCAAAGAACAUAAACACGGAAUUAUGGUAGACAUGGAAAAAAUUUACAAUUAUGUCAGUGAACUUAACAACCAAGCGAUUAUAAAGGAAGUAGACCAUUCAAUUACGGGAACUAGUCGACAGAACCAGCAUGGGCCAAACCGACCACGCCAACGUAAACGAAAACGUGGUGAGGAAUAUCCCAAAUCUGUUUCAAGGAAUUGA